CCCUCCCUGGAUCUCUCUGCCCCCUCUACCCCCCUUUGUUCACCCUUCCUUAAAAAUGCCUUGUUUGCGAGUCCCUCAGUCAUACCGCCUGACGGCAGCUUUGAGGAUGGACUCUGCGCUGCUGCUGCUGGCCCUGUGGGCUCUGACUGGAACGAUGUACCUUCAGGCUUCAGGGUCGUGUCCGGAGAGACUUCUGGGAGAGGAGAGGAGGAGGACGUGCCCUCGGCCCUGCAAGUCUGAUGGAGACUGUGGCAGCAAACGCCAGUGUUUGUGUGACGGCCAGUGUGGUCUCAGCUGUGUGGCUCCAGGUCGUACUUGUCCCUGGCCUCUUCCUCUCAGUGAAAACUCAGAGUCACGCCUCCUCUCUCCCACUAACUCCUUCUCUGCCCUGCUGGAAGUGCGCUGCAAGCCAGGCUUCAAAUUGCCCAGUGGCCUGGAUGCCACUGUUCGCCGUUGUCAGGGUGACCGACAGUGGAGUGGGGAUGAGCCCAUCUGCACAGAGGUUGAGUCACCUGAGGCCACUGCUGUCCAAGCUUGCCCUCUGACUCCGGAGGUGAUCAACACCUUCAGCAUCCACGGUGACGCUUCAGUCGGGACUUCAAUCCACUACAGCUGCCUGUCUGGGGCAGACAUAAUUGGGAGCAGUGAAAAUUUCUGCCAGGACAAUCAGACCUGGCAGUAUCCUCACCCCAUCUGUAAGGAAAUGUUCUGCCAGCCUCCAAAGGAAGUGGAGGACGGGUAUGUGGUGGCUGUUCAGAAGACUGAGUAUGACGUUGGCUUUGACAUCCAUUACCUGUGCAAAAAGAACUUCCUGUUGGACGGACCCCAGAAGAUCACCUGUCUGCUGAACGGCAGCUGGAGCGACUCGCCGCCACACUGCAGAGCUCGUUGUGUCAUCCCUGCUGAGCGAAGCCGCGUGGUGAUUGGUGGAGUGAAGCGCUGGCCAUUUGAUGUUACGGAUGCCAUCGUCCCCCACGGGGAAACUGUGACAUUCUACUGCAAACAUCCUCGGAAGCAGUGCAGCUUCACUGCAUCCGAGACCUGCUAUGAUGGAAGGCUGCAGACGCCGGCCUGUUACCUCGAGCCCACGUGGUUACAGUUCAAACUCUUUCCUCAUCGGCUGGUAUCGGAAAUUGAAGCGUGUGAGUCUGGUGAUGUGGAGUGAUGACCUUAACCCACGCAACCCGUCCUGACGCACACCAACUCCACACCAUGCUACCGUGACCCCUCUCGCAGCUGUGCCAGAACAUUACUGUGUUAUGAUUCUGAUCUUCUGGUCGUAUGUUUUUCAGAGAUAUCGUGAAUAAGCCUGUCUUCUGCCUCGAGGCCUUGUGAGUCAGAACAAUGUUCUUGGCGUUCGUCUCCUUGUCCUCAACGCUAUAAAAAGCAGGCAUAGUUAUAAUAUCUAAACUACUCAAGUAUUACUUUGAUCCUCCUCCAGCUUGAGCCCCUGCAGACCGUAGAAGCUACCGUACUCUAGGCCUUCAUCGUGAUGUAAAGUCCUUUAGAACCUGCUAUACUCAACCUAUUACGCUUGUGGUGAUGUAGCCUACUCAUGGGGUAAAAAUCCCUGAUUUGUCUGUGUGUUAUUUCACUGGAUGAUCUUACUUUCCCAGUGUUGAGCUCGACGCAUCAAGUCUUGAGGCUUGUAAGUUUUUAUGAUGUAAGUGAUUUGAAAUAAAACGAUAUGAAAAUGAAA